AGCAACUAUGUCUUAAAUCGACUUACAAUUAGCUUAUUAAUUAUAAAAUAUUAAGUUCAACCUGUUUAUAUUAGUUUUGGGAGUAGAGUAAUUGUGGCGCUGUAAACACACACACACACAUAUGAGACAAGAUUCGCACGUGGUCAUAUGUUAAUUCUUUAGUUUAGCUACAGCACCUCCGAAAUCUGAAAUUAGGCUCAUGCGACGCGUUUUCACUCGAAACGAACGAAUCUGGCAGAAAAACGCGUCGCUCUGUCACGCAGAGAUAUUAAUUGUUCAAGUUAACCACUUUUAGGGUUAAGAAACUUACGACACCUACAUCCGCCAUUGGAUUCGAGCCGCUAUACGUCACCUCAAGCAUGCGCACGAAGUCUCCUGUUGCAGACGAAUUCUUGCAAUCUCCCAUCACUGGCUCUGUGCUGUGGAAUAUAUUCUCUUCUUUAGUCACGUAAUCUAACCGGGCUUGGAUGAAAACGUGACGAUGGAUACAGAUGCGAGUAAAGUUGCUGGCGAAGAGGCAAACGUGUCAACGUCAGAACAAGAUAAAGAAGAGAUAGACGUAACUUUUGAAAGCGUGUUCAAGGAUAAGUUGCUAAAAGACAUAGAACACGAGACGUUGCUGCUAAAGAAACGAAUGGCGGAGAAACACAAGGAAUGGUUAGCUAUUAAGAAAUAUGAGAACAAAGAAAGAGCUGCAAUUGCCAAGAUAAAGGAAACACUAAAGGAAGGAAUUAUAGAAAGCGAUGAGAUUAACACAUCGAUGUUGGACCCAGAGAAGACAGGAGUUGCAAUUGACUCUGCCGUAUUCACCUCCCACCCUCCAGAUAUCGCACCGGCAAUUCUGAAAGAAGCCACCGAGACAAUUGCACGCGAAAGUCAUGCAGUUGCCGGCGAAAAUAUAUCUGAUAUUGGACAAGAAGCUUCACCAAGCGAUCCAGCAGCAAUAACAACUGCUUUGUCGACUGAUGAAGUAACUAACCAUGUUGGAGAUGCAAUGAUAAUUUCUAACGACGAGACGCAGAUGAACAGUCCAUCGGUGCAGCAGCAUGAAUACGGUGGAAUGUCUUCUCUUAGUAUUCUUGCUAUACAAUAUAGCGAUACUGAUUCAGAUACAUCUGAGACGCCAGAUUCUACUGAAAUUCCAAAUGAGGUGUCACAGACACAGAUACAAAAUUUACAGCAAUAUCGUACUCAAGAAGAUUCAUUAAGUGAAAGUGAUAGCGAAGAUGAUUGUACCAGUGAUACCGAAAGUAGUAGUAGCAGUAGCAGCAGCAGCAGCAGCAGCAGCAGCAGCAGCAGCAGCAGCAGCAGCGAUAGUAGCAGUGACAGAUAUUCAGCUAAUACUGCAAGUGCUAGCAGAAAGAGAACAAGCGAGGCGGGCUCAGCGAAGAAGGGAAACUAUGUACCAAAUGAAUUUGAUAAUCUUCCACCAAUAGAAGAGUUACAAAUUACCAUUCCCGAAGUUUUAUGUAAUAUAUUAGGCGAGAUCGAAAAGAUAGUGGAACAAUUUGUCAUCGUAAAGCCAAACCCUGACCAGCCUAUACUUAAUAUGGACACGGUGUUAUUCGUGAAGAGAGGAUCAAAAACGCUGGGUAAAAUAUUCGACGUGUUCGGCCCCGUGAAAGAGCCGCGUUACUCCGUUCGCUUCAACGAUGCUGAGCAUAUACGGAACAGCGGUAUUGAAGUGAACAUGCUAGUUUAUUAUUGCCCGUCGAAUCAAAUAUACACGAAUGUAGUUUUCCUGAACGAGUUGACCAAGAUAAAAGCUUGCGACGCGGUUGGCGACGAUGAGUCACCUGAGUUUUCUGACGAUGAAAAAGAACGUGAUUAUUAUGAAGCGCUGAAGCAGAAGAGUAACAAGAGUUGUUCCGCCGGCAACACUUCGCAUAAAAAACCUAGGACAGGAUCUGCAACGGACUGGCGAUCGAAACAUCCGUGGAACGACAAUAGAAACAAUGCGGGGACCCAUUUUGAUCCUUUUAAUUAUGGCCAGCCGGGAAAGCGAUAUCAGGAAGCGGGAGGAAUGGCUUGUUCCAUUAGACGGCCUUACCCUUAUAAUCCACCUUUGCACCAUCAUCAAAAUAAUGUUUAUUGGCAGCAAGCUCCGCCGCACGUGCGUCCGCUCUCCAACAGGUCAUAUGGGAGGCAAUAUUCAUCUCCAUGUGAUACCGGCUAUACCGGCUUCUCCGGUAGGCCGAAGCGAAUCGGUUGUUACCCGAAUUGCGGUACGCAAAAUCAAAUUCCUCAAUUCCCCCUCGAUUAUCCUCCGCCUUUGUACAAUCCCGCAAACGGAAUGGUGAAUGUCGUCCCAUUCGAUCAAUUUCCGAGUACGUCUUAUCCGUACGUAACUGAUGCGCUCUCUUAUUCGAACUAUAUACAACCGCCGCCGCCGCCGCCGCCGCCGCCGACCAGAACAUAUUGGACCCCACCAGUUCCUCCAUCGUCAGAUCAAUCUACACCAUAAGUUAUAAAUAUAUUUUAUAAUAAUUUUAUGUCGAGAAACUUUCGUGCAAUUACAAUGUUUUACGAGCCGAUUGCAAGCUAUGUAACAUUUCGAUAGGUUCGUAAAACAAUCAUUGUGCAAAGGUAUUUUUUUUAUGUGCAAAAUAGUAUUUUUUUACCUCAUUAUCUUGUGUAUAUGUAUAAGUAUGUAAUUGUAAAAUUAUAUUUUUACAAUUAUAAGUUACUAUUAAUCUUCGCGUGCACGUGCGUGCGUGUGUGUGUGUGUGUACGCAUAAGUGUGAGUGAGGACCGUUACGAUACUUGUAUAUUUAUAUUUUAUAAAAAGGUAUUUUAAUAAAUAUGCAACUGAAAGUAACGAAAAAA